AUGAAGAGGAUAUUGACGACGUUCAAGAGGGAGAAAGGGGAUGGUUUGUCUUGUCCCCUCUUUUGUUUGCCUUUGGCGUGAGGGGCUGGAGGUGCUAAUGGGGGGAGGGGAAAAAACGCAGUGGGCGAAGGGAGGAGAUUCAGAGGCAUAGGAGACCGCGGAAGGAGCGGUUCUUCAACUUCACUAGCGGAGGAUGACACCCCGGAGGGGAGGAUCGUAAUCGCUACUGUACACUUCCCUUUCCUAUUAUUUCCCACCCUCAUCUGAUGGUCCCAGAAAUUGUUCUGCGAAUCCGGCGGCCCGCAAAAUGAAAAUCCGGGCGAGGAAGUGCUGUACCUCCCCACCAUAGUCGACUUGGCUGAAUCCUCACCGACGGCUGCCCGCGCGGCGGCUCACACUAUACGCAAGUUCCUGGAGUUGAAGAAGAACAAUAACAGUUUGCGGCCGUACACACAGUACAACGCCAUCAUGCUGACCCGCAUCCUCAGCGACAACCCGGGCCGCACCUUCACGCGCAACCUGGCCGAGGCCAAGUUCGUCGCGACGGUGAAGGAGCUGCUGAAGCAUGGGCGCGAGCCGAGCGUGCGACAGAUACUGGUGGAGACGCUGGAGCACUUUGACGGGAAGGCGAGCGUGGUGGGGGACGGGGAUGAGGAGGUGGAGGGGUUGAAGGGACUGGUGGAGGUAUGGGCGAAGGAGAAGAGGAAUAUGGCGAAGUUGUCCAAGUCUGCCCCCGCCCCCGGUGGUGGUGGCGGCCGCGGCUUCUUCACCAGCGGUUCCAACAACACAAACGGUCAAUACCAACCGCACCCCCACCCGACCCACUACCCCACCCACGAAUUGCGGCUCCCAAACAUGGAAGAGCUAGCAGCCCGCAUCUCCGAAGCCCAAACCUCCGCCAAGCUCCUCGAACAAGUGCUGCAAUCCACCCCUCAGCCGGAGAUCCCGCGCAACGAACUCAUCCGCGAGUUCGCCGACCGCUGCAAGGUCGCCUCGCGCUCCAUGCAGAAAUACAUAUCCGCCGCCACCGGGGGAGAUGGCGGUGUAAUGGACGAGGACACGCUGACAACGUUGAUUAUGACGAAUGACCUACUGACGAUGGCUGUUGGCAAGCAUGCCCAUGCUGUCAAGGAGGCGCUCGAGAAGCAGGAGGUACACAAGACCGUGGAGGGGGCCAGGAUUACUAACGUUGCGGGGGGGGAUGCGUACGUGAUAGAGGGUGGGGGCGGGGGUGGCGGUGGUGAUGAACCGGGUACGCCGCCGAGGGGUGCGGGUAUGAAGGUUGAUGUGCAGAGUGGUGCGCGGAGGGAGAGGGUGGGUGUACCAGAUAGUCCGGUCAGCCCUGCGGUACGUAUUACUUUUUACUAUAUUUCAUCUCAUGUUUUUUCCUUUCCUUCCCUUUUUCCUUUCGAAGAAAGAAAGCAAAUGCUAACUUGGCCAUGGUGUUGUAGUCUCCCGAGCCAGUGGCAUAUCGGUAUUGAUCAAUUGAUUGACAUGAUACAGACUCUUUCUACCCACCAAUCUAGUCUAUAUUUCAUUAAUCCACUCUUUUUCUAUAUUUCCUUCCACCGUGCCUUUCCUUUUCUCGUUUAACGCUUUUUAAUUUUUUUUACCAAUUUUCCUUUAAAACUAUCCAACCAACCAACCAACCAACCAACCAACAUGGCCCAUCAUACUCCCCCCAAGUCAUGUAUUCUAAUUUACAGUAAGCUGCUCACAAUACUAUGAUUUCGUCGGUCCUUUUUCUAAAAAAAAAUUUAAAACUAAAAUUAGGAUAUCUUGAUUUUUUUUUACCUUAUUUCAUUUUUUAUUUCCCUAUUUCCUUCACUAACUUGACCCUUUUUUGCAUUUGCCGUGGCUAUUUACCCACACUACUUGUAUCUUGUCUUCACCAAUUUUGCUACACCCGCUCGCACGUCGCUAUAGCACCAGGAAUUCCCCGCACUUGGCUGGCUUCGGUCGGCGAUAUUGGUCCCAUACCACACUCACUUGUGCUCCACUGUACUCGUACUGUACAGUAUUUAUACUCGAGGUACUUUCUCUAAACAUGAGUCUAACAUUUAAACGCUAUUUUAACCCCGUCUACCCAUUCAUCCAUAUAUCAUUGUCAGAUGUUAUUAUUUUCUUUUUUUUUUAGAAAAAAAAAUCAAAAUCUACCGGUAU